AUGAGAGUAAAGAAACCGACAUCCAAAAGGGUGACGACCCGCAUGCGGGAAGGUAUCAAAAAGAAGGCUGCCGCUCAACACAGAAAAAAUAGAAAAGAAGCUAAGAAGGACGUCACAUGGAAGUCGAGAAAGCCAAAAGACCCUGGUAUUCCUGCAAGUUUUCCAUAUAAAGAUCGGAUUAUCAGCGAGUUAGAGGAGAGUAGAAGAGCUGAUAAAGAGAAGAAAGAACAGCAGAGGCUCCAGAAACAAUUGGAGCGCGAGGAGGCUUUGGCUAGAGGCGAAGAGGUAAUGGAAGAUAACGACGAAGACGACAUUGACGAUGGUAACGGACUUGGAGCAUUGCUUGAAUCUGCUCAAAAAGCAGCCAAGGAGUACGAUGGAGAACCCGAAGAGACUUCUGAUAUGGAGGUAUCUGACGAAGAUGUAGAGUACAAUAUCAGCGAACCAGAAAUCGACGAGGAUGCCAAAACUGAAUGGGAACAAUCUCGUAAAUUAUACGAUAAAAUCUUCAAGAAUGUUGUUGAGGCUUCCGAUGUGGUUCUAUAUGUCUUGGAUGCAAGAGAUCCAGAAGCCACCAGAUCUCGUAAAGUGGAACAAGCUGUUCUUCAGAAUCCUGGUAAGCGGUUGAUCUUGGUGUUGAACAAGGUUGAUCUUAUUCCUGCUCCAGUUUUGAAACAAUGGCUCAACGUUUUGAAAUCUUCCUUCCCAACCGUGCCGGUGAAAGCAUCAAUGGGCUCAACCAAUUCCACCUCGCACAACAAAGAGCUCACAAAUUCGAUCACUGCCAAAAACCUUCUUCAAGCAUUGAAAAGCUAUGCAGCAAAAUCAAAUUUGAAGCGUUCAAUUGUUGUUGGUGUGAUUGGGUACCCCAAUGUUGGAAAGUCUUCUAUUAUCAACGCCUUAACUAACAGACACGGAAAUAAUGCUAAAGCUUGUCCGGUAGGAAAUCUCGCAGGUGUAACUACCUCGAUGAGAGAAGUCAAAGUUGACAACAAAUUAAAGAUUUUGGACUCUCCUGGUAUUGUUUUCCCCGACGAGUGGUCUCUGGCUAAAAAACUGAGGUCCAGUACUGAAGCAAAGUUGGCACUUUUAUCGGCAAUUCCUCCCAAGCAAAUCACCGAUCCUUCUUCUGCAGUGAAGCUUCUUUUGAAGAAAUUUUCUCAGGAUCCUCAAAUGGCUGAUGGCAUGAAAGAGUACUACCAGCUUCCCCCAUUACCGUCUUCGGACCUUGAAGAGUUUGCAAAGCACUUACUUAUUCAUGUUGCGAGAACCCGAGGUCGUCUUGGUAGAGGUGGAGUUCCCAAUUUGGAAUCGGCAGCGUUGGCUAUUUUAAACGACUGGAGAGAUGGUAGACUUAUUGGUUGGACCAUACCAAAGGCUUCUAAGGCCACUGACACCCCAGCACCUGAUGCCCCAAAAAGUUCGUUGAGAGGAGAAGUUGAACCACCAAAGGUUGCACAAACUACGGUUGUUUCUAGUUGGGCUAAAGAGUUUGAUUUGGAUGGAUUACUCGGAGACAACUUUGGUCUUGAUAACACAGAAUAA